AUGGGAGGGGGAGAUGCACCGAGUGCAACUCAAGCAGAACUACCUAAUGAUUCGUCAAUGCCGGAUGAGAUAGCCGUGGACCCUCUCAUUGAUUUAACUACUAACAACAAUGAGAUUGAGGGAGCACCGAAUGGUCCGAGUGAUUCAAAACGAUUAAAAUCUGUGGUAUGGGAGCAUUUUACCAAAAAGGUAGUUAACGGAGUGGAUAAAGCAGAGUGCAAUUAUUGCAAAAAAUUACUUGGGGGGCAAAGUAAGAAUGGAACAAAGCAUCUGCAUGAUCAUCACAGAUCUUGUAAGAUGAAACCCAUCCAAAACUUGAAACAACAAACAUUGUUACAACAACAGUGGAAGGCGGAUGGAAAAAUGGGUUUAUCUACUUUCAAGUUUAAUCCUGAGGUUACAAGGAGGGAACUUGCUUGCAUGAUCAUUAUGCAUGAAUAUCCUCUUGCAAUUGUUGAUCAUGAAGGUUUUAGGAGGUAUACAGCUAGCCUUCAACCACUAUUCGACAUUCCUUCUCGAAAUACAGUUAAGGCCGAUUGGAAAGAUGCAUAUGGUACUAUUUAUGAUGAUUGUGGGAUUAGUCAUGAAGAACUUGAAGACAUGGAGAUUGAAGAAGAAGAUUGUGAAGGAUGAAAAAUGAAUAAUUGAAGGC